AUAAGAAUGUGAAAGAGCUAUCUCCUCUAUUAUAUGCGUGGUUUCAACUGAAGACUAGUCAAUUACUGGCAACAAAGCAAAAACAAUCCUACGGUCCAAAACCAAGGACUAAGCUAAACUCCAAAAUCUCCCUACUUAUAAUAUUUUCUCCUAUUUAAUUUAUUCAUAUAAAAACUUUACAAAUCAAAACCCCAAAAUUUAUUUAGUUUAGGCCGCUCACUUCUUCAUCUUCUCCCUCUCAUUAAUUUUACCUCUUUUCAUUCACCAAUUACCUCUUCAAAACCCCCCAACCCAAUAACUCAUCCAAUUAUAAACUAUAGCAAAAAAAUAAUAAUAAAAUCGAGAUAGGCAUGGAAACUGGGUCUAUGAUUCUCCGGAACCUCGCCUACUCUCUAUUCGUUUACGCCGAUAACUCUUUUCUCAGCUUUGCCGAAAAGCACAGACUCCUCGAGCUCAUUCGCUCUUUCCUAAUCGCUUUUGUUCUCUUUCUCCUUCGUUUAAUCCCUUCUCUGACCCCAAACUACUUCCCUUUCGACUCGCUUAAGCUCACCAAGAAAGGCGCGUUCACUCACUCGCCGCCCUCCGGCGAUGGCGUUGGUGCCGUCGAUGUAGGGGAGAAGUUUGGAAUCGGUCGAGCGCUUUCGCAGUCGCUGUCGAUUAUGAGCGAGAUUCCCGUGAGUUCACGGAAGUACGACGUCGUUCGGUCUUUGGCGGAAAAGAUUAUUGAGGAUAACCGGAGAGAAGGCUCCCCUGCUUUGUGUGAAGUUAACCGGACGGUUUUAUCGGCGGCGUUUUCCAGGACUCUUGCGCAGCUUGAGUUGGAUGUGGUGGAGAAAGGAGUUGGGCCGGAGGUUUGGGCCGAGAGUGGGAAUGGGCCUGGCCCAGUUGACUACCGGUUGUUUAAGGUUUUGAGGGUGGUUCGGUCCAUUGGGGACGUGGCUUGGACCAAGGUUGGCGGGAGAGCCAGGGUGGGAGGGAGCCCGGCUGGGAGAUCGGCGGAGAAGCUGGCGGCUGAGCUGGUUUGGUUGGCGGAAAAGAUGGCGGCGUGUGGGUUUGCUGAUGAUGCUGUUCGGAGGUGGGCUUCAGCUUCUCGAUUGGCUUGGCUUGCUAUUUCGGCUGAGCCGCGGCUUCAGUGUUCCCUUGUCAAACUUUCAGCGUUCUUGUUCGCUGAAAGUAAAGACUUUAUAGAGAAGGAUUUGUCUGAGCAUGAGAAAGAGCAGCUGAAACAAAUGAAGAUUCAAAUGCUGCAAUCAUGGCUGCCACUGCUUUGUAGGGCAAGCAAUGGCACCGAUGCGCCUGUGUUGAGCGGGAGCAAGAGAUCGGAGGUGGAGAAAGUGUUGGAGGAGAUAAUAGAGACGUUGGAUGAGGUUCAUCAAGAGAAGGUGUUGACCCUUUGGCUCCAUCACUUCACAAGUUGUCCCUCCUCAGAGUGGCCUAAUCUCCAUGCCUCUUACACUCGCUGGUGCGAUGCUGCUCGAAAAUCGCUCUUGCUCCACCAAGAUCUACUACUUCUAAAUCAAGAAUAAUAAGUUAGCGCACCAAUAUGCUAUCCGAUCUUCUUCUUUUGGCUAUUAAAAUCUGUAAUAUAAUUAUUCUUUAUAGAAUUGAUUUCUCCUCAUAUAUACUGUAAUGUUAUAUAUAUAUUACAGUAUUGUAUAAAUCUAUAACAUGAUUAUAAAGUGUUUAUUCAUUAAAAAGUUUUAAA